AUGAACGGAUAUUUCGAGAAAUUUUUUAAAAAAGGUCAACAACUUGGUCGUGGAAGUUUCGGAAGUGUUUACAAAGUUGAGCAUUGUCUUGCUGGAAUACAUUUAGCUGAAUAUGCCGUAAAAAUUGUUCCAGUAGGUAAUAUUAAUUGGCUAAAUAGGGCAUUAAACGAAGUUAAAUUACUUGAACAAUUAUCUGCAUAUCCUCAUCCUUUUGUUUUAUCGUACAAACAUUGCUGGAUUGAAGACUGGCAAAAUGCAGAUUUUGGGCCAAAGGUUCCAUCCCUUUUUAUACUGAUGGAAUACUCUCAAUUAGGAAGCUUAGAGUCGUACAUAUACAUAAAUAAAGAAAGAGGCAUUGAAAUUCGACAACUUAAAAAUGAUGAAAUUUGGCAAAUCUUUCUAAGCAUUGCGAUAGCAAUAAAACACUUACAUGACUGUGGAAUACUCCAUAGAGACCUUAAAUUAUCAAAUGUUCUUGCUUUUAAUGAUAAUCAUUACCAGCCUUUGCCAAUGAGAUUUGCCUUAUGCGAUUUCGGUACUGCUACAUCAACAUUUAAUGGAGACAUUGACGCAGGAGAGAAAAGAACCGGUGCAACAGGAACAAUUGAAACAAUGGCCCCAGAACUUUUAGCUCAGAACGAAAGUGGAGAGUACAAAUACGUACAUACGAAAUUUAGCGACAUUUGGUCGCUUGGAGUUAUUCUAUUUACGCUUUAUACUCGAAAAUCUCCUUUCAUUGGCGAAAAUGGAGAAGAAUUGCUCCGAAACUUUACAGAUGUAGACUCUUUAGCCGACCAUCUCCAUAUUGAUGUAAGUAGAUCAUCAAAAGAAUGGGAAUGGAUCCGAAAAUUUAUGUCAGCGAAGCCAAGCAAGAGAACUCCACUAGAAGAUUUAUUUAAUGAUCGAUUUGUACGUGAGAAAACAAAGAUUUUCGGUUUCGAAGGUCUUUUGGACAAGCCACAAUUUUCUCAUGUCGUAGUUACUUCGCCAUCCAUUGAUGACUUCAACCAAAGUAUCCCUCUCCCUCUAGCACUUGAUAUAAACAGAAAUUCAAGCGAAUCAUCCUUCCUAAGUCGAUCAGCUUCGGUAGAAACAGUUGAAAUUCCGGAAAAACCACAAAAAGUCAGUGAAAACAGGAUUGCAAUUCCAAAUUCGUUUAACACAAAGAUUAUUGAUAUUGCAAUCUUAUUCCUUGCUUGUUUUAGUAACAUUUCGAAAUAUCCGAUAUAUGAAAUUGUUCGAGUUAUAUUUUUGUUGUUAAUAUUUUGGAUUUUAUCCAAAAACUCACAAGUUGCCUUGUUUAUUCCUUUAAUUGUUUUAAUAGAAUCAUUAAUUGGAUUUAUUCCAUUUAAUGUGUUUUUAUUAUUAUUGAUACUGGUUCAGUCACUCAGGAUUGCCCAAUAUUACCAUAAAUAA